ACAUCUUCUGUUGCCAUUUCCUGCUAACUUGUGGACUACACUGUUUUGAGAUGAAAUGUCCCCAAGCAUUCCAAAGCUUGGAUUUCCAUUUUGCCAAUUUCUGCAACAACCUCACUACUGGGAUUGAAGCCUCUGCCUGCUUUCCCUUAUCUCCAAUAAACAGACAUGGGAGCUUCACGCUGAUUCCUGCCUAUAACGAGGAGGUGAUGUGUCUUCAUGUGUCAGUACUGAUUUCACAAGACAGCCUUCAGCUAAAGCCUCUUAAGGCUUCAGUAAGUGAACCAUGAGUGCCAGAAACCGAUCUUGCUCUUCGUCCAUUCUCCCAGCAUGCAGUUCAUCAUCUUUUACCCGACAGCCUUCUCGUGUGUUGAUAGUAGAUGCUUCGCCACCCUGGUGGUCAGAGACAUGUACUAUUCUGUGUCAGGCCAUAGAGAAUUUCUUUUUUCUUGCCAGCAGUCUGGCGGGACCUGCUCGUCUGCCACUGCUAAGCGUCUUUGCCAUCAGUGUACAGCUGGAGUGUCUCUUACCCUUUGUGCAAGUUAAGGGCAAUUUGACACGUCUGCUGUCCUGUAUAGAGGAGCUGCGUUCUCUGCCUCAAGAGGGCUGCAUUCGGCAACGAGGUGCACUUCUUAAACAGGCAGUGCUGGACAGCCUGCAGCAGUUUAAACAAUACAUGUGUCAUACAGCUCAUGGGGACUUCAACAGCAACUGUGUGGAGGUGACGGUAUUAACCUGUCAGCCAGGACAGACAGUCCUCCGACAGCUGGAGCAGGGCCUGAAAAACUCUGAUCUGAUUAGUCUGCGUAGGCUUCUGGUGGUUCACAUCACAUUACAGCAGAGUCUCUCAGACAGAUCUCCAGCCUGUAGCUUUGAGACACCAUCUUCAGAAGAUGACCACGAAGAGAGCCUGAUGCUGGGUACAGAGAUGGACCUGCAGCUGGUGGAGGGCACCGUUGUGGCCUUGGAGAACUCUCUGAAAAUGUGGCUGCAUGAUCAGGGUGGAGACAGAGAACACCUGCACUUGUUGUUACCCCCUUCUCUCACAUCACAGGGUUCUACUCCACACCCUGCCAACAACAGGCCAAGCCCAGUCUGUUUGAAGUGUGACAUGCAGGAGAGACUUCUCAGCCCAGCCCUACUUCCCAGCACACCUGACCUGGGAGUGAAGACUGAGAGCAUGCAAGAUUUCCAGCCCCUUAACAAAAGUCUGGCCAAUCAGAACCCCUCGCCACAGUGUCUGCGAGUUGUCAAAGUUCUUCAUGCCGGUGGUGUGUGUCAGUCUGUGCUGUAUGGAUUACCACUCAUCAUCAGACCAACCUCAUGCUGGCAGCUGGACUGGGAUGAAAUGGAAACAAACCAACAGACAUUUCAUGCUCUCUGCCACAUACUAAAAAACCGUGACUGGUUCCUUUUGGUGCGCUCAGAGUCGGGGUCAGGUUCAGGUUCUGCUAUGUUCUCCUACUAUAUACUUCAGUCCUCUGGUUCACUCUCUCUGCUUUUGAAACCUGUGCUGACACGAGAACUUACACUACCCUGCUGCCUACCUGUCUCAGUGGAGGAGCCACCACUUCCUGCACUCGCCACUGUGGAGAGCUCCCUGGAUCAGCUUGAGAAAGACCCUGUCUUUAACCCUCUCUGUCUGGACUCCAACCUUUACCCACACCUUAGAAUUAGAGGUUUGCUCACCCGUUCAUCACAACCAUUUGGAGCACAAGGCCAGGGCCGCGGCCAUCGCAGGGGCACCAGUCGACCACCAGAGGGCUCCACACAGCGUCAGGUUCGGCAGUCUCAGAGUCGCGUGCGAGCCACAGUGGCCCCGCUGCCUUCCAUCCCUUCAAACAAGAUGCCUCGCCGUUUACUAACCCUCAGCCACUCUCGACCCUGUGCUCCUGCCCUCUUUUUCCAGGACAAUUAUGAGGAGGAGGACCCUUUGAUGAUCCAGUAAGGAUAAAGAGAGAAAGCAUAAAACUUUCACUAUAAGAGGAAAUUGCACAUUCACAUUCACACUCACACUCACACUGACUAAAAGCAACGGUUUCUAAACUCCCACAGACAGGAUGUUACUUUCUUGCACAUGACCAGAUAUACACUUAUACGUACAGCUAAUUUGAAAAAUAUAUUUGCUAUACAAAUUUGGUUUACUAUUCAGAGAAGACUGUACUGUGUAAUGGAGAACAGUACUGAAUUUAGAUUAGUAACACAGAGCAAAUAUUAAACACUCAAUAUACAAUAUAUAGCUAGCUUAAUAUAUAAUAUUAAGCUAGCUAUAGAGACCAUUCCUUAUUUCUAACAAGACGAGGGCUGGCUAGGUUAAGUUAAUUAUUCGGUUUUCAGAAUACAGUUUAGUAGUGCAACAUCACAGCUCAAUUUAUCUUCUUAAAUCUGAAAACUAUUACAGCACAGAUUAAAUAACUUUAUUACUUCUCCAAAUAAAAACUUCAGCAACUUUGAGACUGACACUGCAAAAUCAACCCUCAUAUACAACCCUCAUAUUCCCAGACAAGCUGUUUUGUUACCCUGAUGUUUGCAAUUAAACCAGUCCUCAUAGUAACUAGCAUGAUUUCACUCUUGGAGACGUAAUUAAACUAACUGUUGUUCCAUACGGUUUAACAAAGCCUGCAACGCAACUGGGGAAAAAAUAUAAUUGUAAACUGCUGAGGCUGCUAAAAGAAAUCAAACACAAAACCACAGAACUGUAAAAGGACAAGAAGAAAGGCUGUUUAAAGAGAGAUAACUGCCUUCUCAGUUUAACUGCUGUGGCUAGAAGGCUCUGUAGAGAGUUGAGGAGGAAGAAGGCCGAAGUUGUGGAAAAGUAGAGCCAUUGUCUUCCUUUAUGGAAGCCUCCAGUGCAGCCCCAAGGGGGACACACUGUACUCAUCUGAGCAGGAAUUCAAGGCCUUCAAUGAGUUACAGAAAGCGAAGAGAGGGGAAAAGAAAGAAAGAGGUCGCCCUGUGACCUCUGAGAACAAGGUUCUGCAUUGGAGGCGCUGGUUUAGAGUUGCGAGAGCUGUGGGACGUGACUCUGAAUGCAUACUGAGGUCAGAGCUGUAAUAUUACUCAAUGGGCCUCUCUUACUAGACCCCAUCAGUAUUGCCUCAUUAAGUUUUCCGCCAUUCCACCCACCUGGCACCGCCUACGCCUUGUCUUUAUGACAUCAUGCUGAGGUUUGGCAUUGUGCAAACGGUACAAAAAGCAGACAUAGAGUGAGGAUCUCACGUCAUUUUCCCCUCCUUUUUUCAUAUUUUACGUUCACGAUGUCCUAACUUUUUCAGCUGUUAUGAAAGAGAUUCAGUAGGGAGUUUUUCUCUUAUUUUUAAAUCGUUUUCCAAAUGUGUCUCUACUUCUGGUUAACUAAUGUUUUAAGCCUGCAUUAAGAAUAUUCAUUGUUAUCAAUUUUUAGUCCUGUUAAUCUUUGUAAACUCUUUAUUUAAAUUUUACUUCUAUAUUUUUAUUAACACUAUAUUGUAAAUGGUUAUAAAAUUAUUAAUCAAUGUUGUGUUUUGCUGUUGCCCUUUUAAAAAUAAAACACCUUAACAAACUGACAUUUUACAUGAGAAUGAAAUCAAACAGACAAGCCUAAACAUUGUAAAAACUGUUUGGAGAAUUUUUUUUUCUUCUUUUUUUGUUAAUAAUCCAUUAAAAAGAACUGGUAAAAUUUGACCUUUUUUUUUUUUUUUUAAAGGGAACUGUUAGGAAUCUGAGUUUUUCAAAAUCACUAUAUAACUACAUAACACAUACAUUAGAAUAACAGUAAAAUGUCUAUAUCAAUUAUAUUAUUAAUUACACCAAGAAUCAGUCAAAAGAUGUUCAAUUAAAUGUUAAAUAAUAUAAUAUAUUAUUUUCUAUUGUGCAUACUACAGCCUUUUUGUUAAAAGUUCAUUUUAUGUAUUUAAUAAUACACAUAGGUGAUUAAUGCAAAAAUGUUCAAUGGUGUGUACUUCAAGUACAGUACAGAUUUUACUUUAACCUAUGAGAUUCUUGUAUUUAAAUUUUUGUUGAAAGAUGUAACGAAUGCACUUCCCCAUCAUUUGCUUCAUACUUCAGAAUACAACAGCUCAGUUCUGUUUUCCGUUUGGUUAUCCAAGCAUCAAGUGGCCAGCGGAACGAAAACAUAAACGGAACAUUCAAGAAAACAGGAACUAGUACAACAUGAGAAGUGCAUUCAAACUGAACCAAUAUAUACCUUUUUUUUUAUUCACAUGUACACUAUUUAAAGCUCAAGUGGAAACAUAGGUCUCU